CACUUUGUGACUGAAAAACUGCCCUACUCCUCUUGGAGUUGUUGACAGGUGUGAAAACUCUACCAUCUGGGGAAGAAAGAAAUCUUUGCCUUGUGACUUGUGAAACUUCCUUUCACUUUCACACGACUAAUUUCAACGGUUGUUCAGACUCCAGCCCCAGCAGAAAUGUCGAGUGGGCCAGUAGUGGACAGCAGACACACCACAGACAUCAAAGUAGUGAACUUCUCCUAUCAGUGGACCAUCAGUAACUUUAGCUUUUGCACAAAGCAAAUAGGUAAAUGCAUUGAAAGUUCAACUUUUUCAUCACAGCAAAAUGAUAAACUGAAAUGGGGCUUACGACUGUACCCAAAAGGGAUCGAUGAAGAAAGCAAAGAUUACCUUUCCCUAUAUCUCAAAUUGAUCCAAAGUCCAACGAGAGAAGUGCUGGCAAAAUUUAAAUUUUACAUUCUGAAUGCCAACGGAGAGAAAACCAAAGAGAAGGCUAGUCACCAACCAUAUCGAUUUGUGCAAGGCAGGUACUGGGGAUUCAAACAUUUCAUUCUUAGGCAUUUUAUUUUCAAUGCAACCACUGACCUUCUCCCUGAUGACAGGCUUACUUUCUUUUGUGAGGUUAAAGUGGCACAAUAUUCCAGCAAUAUUUCCUGCCAAAAUACCAUGAAUACUCUGAAGGUUCCAGAGUGCUGUUUGGCAGAGGACCUAGGAAGUCUGUGGAAGAGUUCCUGGUUCACAGAUUGUUGUGUGUGUGUGGCUGGCCAGGAAUUCCAGGCUCACAAAGCCAUCUUAGCAGCUCGUUCUCAAGUUUUCCAUGCCAUGUUUCAACAUGAAAUGCAAGAGAGCAAAACUAAUCGAAUAGAAAUCAAGGAUAUGGAACCUGAAGUUUUUAAGGAACUGAUGUUCUUCAUCUAUACUGGAAAGGCACCAAACCUCAGUGCAAUGGCACCUGAUCUGCUGGCAGCUGCAGACAAGUAUGGCCUACAUCUCCUGAAGCUCCUAUGUGAGAUCGACCUCUGCAAAAACUUUCCCAAAGAGAAUGCGGUGGAAAUCCUCAUUUUUGCAGACCUCUAUAGUGCACAUCUGUUGAAAACCUUUGCAAUGCAUUUCAUUAACUAUCAUAUUUCAGACAUCCGGGAGACCUCCAAGUGGAAGGCAAUGGUUCAGUCACACCCUCACUUGGUUGCUGAAGUGGAUCGCUCUAGGACUUCCAUGCAGUGUAAUUGCAUACACCCCAAUGCAAUUGUCUGAGGCAGUAUUAAGAUGCCACCUCGCCCAAGGCUCCAUGUAUCUUCCCAAACCUGUGGCUUCCUUUGCUAGCUCUUAACCCUGAUUACGCCGGGCAAUCUGCUGAACUUUCACCUGCUAUGAAGAAACACUGAAGUAUCCCUCUCUAGGGACAGAUGGAACCCCCUCUUAUGCUCAUCAAAAGGGGGUAAGGCUUUUACAUUUUAAGAGAAGUUUAAUUUGGCAAUGUCCUGAGAGUAUAAUUUAUAGACCAUCAGAAAUAUGUCUUUUAUAAUACCGUACCCACUGAAUGUUUCAAUGCUAAAUUCAAAUUAACACCAAAACACCUAGCAGGCAGAUAUACAAACAUAUGGAGUGAAGCUGCACUCAGGGAAGGGAUCAUAGAUACACUCAGAAUCAGCUACCGCUGGGCCCUCACUGCUCAAAGUGGCUUUUAUCUUUUUGUCUUUUUUCCUAAAUAAAAUUU